UCAGUUAUUCUUAAAGUCUAUCCGGGUUUACGCGGACCGACGCAGAGCGGCUUGACCUUGAAUCAUCAACCCAGCGCCAUGCGCCUCUUCAUUUUCCUCGUUGCCGCCUUGACCCUCAUCGCCCCGGAACGCGAUGCCAAACGUGUGGUCAAGCGGCCCCCGAUUCAGUUCAAGUACACCACUGAGGACCAGGACGUUCAAGCCACGAAACACGGAGGUGGAGGGGGUGGAAACAAGCACCACGAAGAAGGUGGUGGGAAAAAGCACAAGGAGGAACACCACGAGUCGCAUGGAGAAAAAGGCAACAAGGGAUAUAAAGGCAUCCACGAGUUUGACAAGGGUGAAAAAGGCCACCACGACAAGGAGGGGCGCAAGCAUCAUUACGCGGAGAAGGGUGGACACGAGAAGAAGAAGCACGACGAAGCCGGUCACUACGGGGAGCAUCACCACGGAGAGAAAGGCGAGAAGGGUGCAAAGUUCGGCGAGGAUGGUAAACACCAGAAGGGGCACAGCACCAAGGGCGAGCACAACAUAUUCAAAAAAGACGAGUACGAAAAGAAGGAAGACUUUUACGACGAGUACCACGAGGGUGGGAACCAGGAGAAACACGGGGGCCACCACCACGAGCACGAGGGAAAGAAAGGGGGACACCAUAAGAAGGGACACCACGACGGAGCGAAGCACGAGGAACACCACGGAAAGAAGAAGAAACACGAGAAGGGGCACCACCACGAUGACCACAAAGGACACAAGAAAGCCCAGGGUCACGAUUCCAGUCAUCAUGACAAGUCCAAGUACGGGAAGAAGCGCGGUCACGAGGAGGGGAAAAAGUGGGCCCAUAAGAAGAGCGGUCGGUGAACCUCGAUCGCUGAUCCACCGUCAGAUGAUCGACGAUCUCCUACAACCGAUGCCAAAUACAUUUGUUCACUCUUGUACAAGUUUUUUUAUACUCUGUGUAAUUACGUCUACUUUAACAUAAAAAAAUUGCUUGUACCUGUC